GUUAAAAGUACAAUAUUGGCUUCCAAAAUGUAGUGGAGCAGCAGAAAAUGGAAAAACUCAAGUAAAGAGACUGAUAAAGGACAAGAACUGGGAAGGAGGGAGGACGGAAGGAGGAUGAAUAGAGACAGUAGAGUAUAAAAUAGACUGAGAGAGAUAGAAGUGGAGAGAGAGUGAAGGAGGGAGGGAGGAUAAAUGAAGCCAGAGGGAGAUGAAACUGGUUUAGAGAAAGAAAGCAGCUGGUGUUUAAACUCAACAGUUUCUCAGCAGCAGUCGAACAGCGUCGCCUCCACCUUCUCCUUCAUCCUCCAUCCAUCCAUCCUCCUCUUCCUCUCCUCCUCCUCCUCCUCCUCCUCCUCCUCUGGUCUUCCUCUCCAUGCCGGCGGAGGUCUCCGCGGGGCUGCCAUGGCGAAGAUGCGGGUGUCGUACGAGUACUCCGAGGCCGAGGACAAGAGCAUCCGGCUGGGGUUGUUCCUGAUCGCCUGCGGGAUCCUCAGCCUCUUCAUCCUGGGCUUCUGCUGGCUCAGCCCGACCCUGCAGAGCCUCCAGAGCAAGCCGGCCAACUGCACGGUGGUGUCGGUGUUGCGUCCGGAGGAGAUGUUCGAGUGCGUGUUUACGUGCGGUACAGACUGUAAGGGGACGUCCCUUUAUCCCUGCCUGCAGAUCUUCGUCAACAACUCGGAGUCAAACUCUGUGGCUCUGCUGCACUUUGAUGAGCAACAACUGGUCCUCAACCCAAAGUGUUCAUACGUCCCUCCCUGUGAGAGGGACAACCAGAAGAACAAAGACAGCGUUUUGUGGUGGGAGGAUUACUUCACCAAAGAGGUCAGCAGCCAGUCCUUCACCUGCUUCUUCAACCAGCAGAGGAGGCCAGACGACGUGUUGUGGCGCCGUUCCCAUGACACCAGCGUCCUGCUGCACUGUGUCCUCUGGCCAAUGGUGUCGCUUCUACUGGGUACGCUCAUCGUGCUCCUGACGGUGUGUGCGCGCUCCCUGGCCGUUCGAGCUGAAGCUCUCCAGAAGAGGAAAUGCUCCUACGAAGUGUGCCAAGACCUGUCCGCCCGGCCCUCAGAUCGCCGCGGCAUCAAGGCCGAAGACCCGCUCGCGACGAACUCUGACCCCGAGCUGUCGUCGCCAACGAGGACCCUGCCGCUGUUUGCGGUGCCGGUGCGACGCCGUGAUCGAGAACAUUAAGAGGAAACGGAAAGCUGUUUUCACAUGAUGAAAUUCAAUCCCUUAGGAUGCUAACAAGCUGGUGAGCGAAGUCGACUAACUGGCUGAGGACGCCACCGACAACCCACUGCUGCCUGGUGCGGUUUGUAUGAUCAGAAACGUCAAAACCAGGAGUGAUUAUGAAAAGAGGACGAGGGGAAAUCCACACUGUUGCCUAUAACGUUAGAUUUCAGCAGAAACAUCAGCACCUUUCCUCUGAUUUUAACUCAACGAACUGGAUCAGUGGAGACUGUUGGACGCUGCUGAGUUGAACCUUCUGAUUAUAAUCAGCAUUUCUUCUGUGCUAGAGUCGUUACGGAGGGUUAUUAUAAUGACAAUAGUGCUGUGACAGAUGGUACAAUGUGUCAGGAAAAGUGAGGCAAACGGAAGGACUGACACCUGGAACUGCUCUUUACUGCGGUCUAAACUGUAGCUCUUCUAUUAAUAUAGUUUCCCUUUGAGUCCCAGUAGCCAUGAAUGUUAUUAAAUAGAGUCAAAGUGACCUGACAUCUCUUCAGGCUAGCUGCUGUUCCUCUAGCUUCUGUGACUCUUUCAGUGAGGGCUUCUUCAGUAGAGCUUUCUGAUAACAUGAAACUUGGGUUUGCAUUACAUAUUCGAAGAUAAAUGAGUCUACUAAAGCACUUUGAGAGUACAAUUCAAACCCUGUGUGAGUUUAACAAAGUCAAACAACGAUUCCUUUCUUAGUACCCAAAAAACCUACAGAUUUCAUGACUUUUUUUUUUUCCCCAGUGCACGUAAUAUGUCAUCGGCUUCUUCCACAUCCGUGAUAUCCACCAACGCUCUCUUCUGAUGUCUUUACAACUUUUUAGCUGUAAUCUCUGCUGUCGUUCAACCCUCCCUGCCCUACUGUUGUUACAGUCGCGUCCUCUAUUUCGAAGAUUAUUUUUGACGUUUUUUUGUCUAAUAAUAGAAAUACAGACAAAGGUCCGACAGAGGUCCUCGGCUGGAAUCAAACCGGGGACGCUGUGGCCGCAUUGUGUGCGUCCCGACCAUUACAACCCAUUACAGCCAUGUUAACUUCCUGUGGCCACUCAACUGGGCUCAUCCUGUCGAGUAACCAGCAAAGGUCUUGGGCUUAGAAAUCCUUAUAGGAAGACAUAGACAUAUGCAGUUAACUACACGACAUACUGUUUAGUAAAGCUGCGAUGUCGGGUUCGAUUUGUAGGAAUUGGUGUUUGUAAUGAAAAAUGUCAACUGAACCAGUUUCACUACGGCUCUCUGUAGGCGGAUGAGACAAAAGUGCAAAUGUAUAUGUAAAAUAAAUGAUGCAGUAAAUUAAAAAUAUAGUUCCUUUACCUUCAGUCAGUUGAUCAAAUAAAUAAGCUAUUCAUGUAUUUUACUCUCCCAUUUAUCUUUUCCUGGCUCUUUUUAUUUCUUCUUCUCAUUAUCAUGUACCCAGUGGUGGAAAAGUACUCAGAUCUUCAACUUAAGUAAGAAAAAAGAAAUAAGUCCUGGUUUUUACUUUAGUAAAAGUAAACACGUAUUACUGACUAAAUGUCCUGAAAGAGUAGUUCAGAUCAGUCUUUAUUGCAGCAUGAAAAAACAGACACAGAAACACACUAAUCCAUCAGUGAAAAGAAUAAAAAUAAAUAUCAGUUAGAAUAAGUAACACACAACAGCAGGAAAAACAAUAAGUGUAAAAACAAAACAAACAAAUGAAGACAGGUAAAAGAAAUAAAUAAUAAGAUCAACUGCGUUACACUGUUUCAGCAACAGUAACGUGUCAUUUUAUGAGUUUAUCGCAUGUUUAAUGUGAAAUAUGAAUCUGCUGAGUAACAACCAGCUGACACACACACACACGUAGAGGCGUAAACACUGUAAUAUUUCUCUCUGAAAUCUAGAAAAUAUCCCAAAAUGGAAACACGCGAGAAAGUACCAGUACCUCAAGAUUGCAGGUAAAUGCAGUACUCGAGUAAAUGUACUUUGUUACUUUCCAGUUCUGCAUGUGAACAACAAGGAAAAUGAAAAUUUGCUGCAUGGAAAACAGGAGGAGGUGAAGAAUCAAAGAGCCAGUAAAACAGCGAAUGGGAGAUACAUUUUUAAAUCAGUUUGAUUGGAGGUAAAUUUAAAUAAUUUAACUUACUUUAUCAUUUAUUUAUGUAUUCAAAUACACCCUUGACUCAUCAGAGGGCCCAUUAGUGGCUCCUGGUGCUUCUGGGACUCCAAACCGCCUCCUGGUUAAUGAUGUGAGAGCUCUUUGAACCAUGAAGGUGUUUGCAGACAGCAGGAACAAACCACAGGCUGGAGGUUAGACUGGGAGCUCCCAGUCUAAUGACGGAGGUUAGACUGGGAGCACAGCGGACACAACCACAGCAAAUGUUACGGGGAAAACUUCCCUUCAAGUCAAACCAAAACAAAGACAAGAUGCGUGUAAGUAUUCUGGUGUAGAGGAGUCAAAUAUAUCACAGAGUUUCAUUUAAUGUGGUGGCAAACAGUGGACUGCAGGCGGUGGUGGAAAGUAACUAAGUACAUUAAGUUCUGUACUUAAGUACAAAUUUGAGGUACUUGUACUUUACUUGAGUCUUCUCAUGUAACUUUCUGCUUCCGCCGCGUCUCAGAGGGAAAUAUUGCACUUUUUACUGCACUUCAUUUAGCUGACAGCUUUAGUUACUUUACAGAUUAAGGUUUUUGCACAAAACAUAUGAAGAGUUUAUAAAAUAUGAUGUUUUGUUAUAAAUUAAACUCCCCAACAGUUCUUACAAGUACAGCUGAAAGGGUUAAUUGAUUAGAAAAUGAAUUGGCAACUUUUGAUGUUUGAAGUCGUUUCUCCUGUAAAUCACUUCCUGGCUGCAGCUCCUCAGAUGUGCAGAUCUGCUGCUUUUCCUCUGAACGACUGUAAUAACUGUGAUGUUUGUUAAUAACGUCGAGCUUUGGACUGUCGGUCGGACACGACGACGCGGUGAAGGCGUCACUUUGGGCUCUGGGUCGUCGUGACGGCGUUUCUCACCGUUUUCACAAGUUUUCCAAACCGAUCGAUCGAUCGAUGGAGAAAAGAAUCGGCAGAUGGAUCCAGAAUGAAAAGCAUCAUCAGCUGCAGUCCGAUUAGACUCACACACUUUUACUGAAGCAACAUUUUGAAAUCAGGACUUUUACUGCACCAGAGUAUUUUUACUUCAGUAGAGGAUCUGAAUACGUCCUCCACCACUGACACGUCAGUCAUAUUGGUUCAAUUUACGGCCACAUUGGGUAUUUUAUGGGUGAAAAUGCUCCAGAACAUAAUUUAAGGAUGUUGAGAAGAAACAUAUUUUUGAUCCUAAAUUUGGUGUUAUUAUUAUUAUAACACUAUAUGACCAAAAGUAUGUGGACACUUCAUUAUUACACGUAUAUGACAAGAGUGUCCACAUACAUAGUUUACAUUAUGCACCAAGAGAUAAACAUUGAAACGGGACAAAGCUUUGGAUCACAACAUUAUUAUUAUAGUGAGCCAUGUUUGGGUUCUGAGCCCUUUAACCCGGUUGUGUUUUAAAAUCUUGGGAAGUAGAUUUCCUUUAGCUCCACAGCAUAAAGACUGUCCUUCACCUUUAACCUGAUGUGUGAUGCGCUCAAGUCCCUCACUUGGGUUUAAUGCAAACCAGUGUCAACUAAAGCUGUGCAGACACUGUAUGUUUUAAUUAAUCUUGUAUGUUGCGUUAAGUCGCGCUUCACAUUUUAUUCAUCCUUUCUGCACGGACCAAACAUUUUAUUUAAUGCUCGCACUGUACGGAUCAGUCGCCCCGUCACAAGCUGGAGCUCACACUGAACGUAAACGUGAAACGCCUGAUCCCAUCGACACUUCCAUUAAAGUUUUAUUCAAACACGAUGACCCCGUCGUUGAAAGUGUUGACAAAAAAAGAUGAACUAUAAUGAAAGGAAAGUACAAAGUCAAAAGAAGAACGUGGACCCACAGAAAGCUGACAGAUGCAGACAGUCAUGUUGGGAAAUCAGAUCUCUGAACUGCUCAAACUGCAAGAAACCCACCAAAAGAGCCGCCAGAACUCAAACCAUUCGUCCAACACGUCGUGACCUCAAACUGAACGUCAAACGACCAAUCUGACAGAAGUUCAGCCCGAUUGUACAAUCAGUCAGAGGCGAACGAUUCAGUUACAAUCUUAAUCCGUACAGUGUCUGCCCGGCAUAAGACGACAGACAAGCCUCUAAACAACCAGCGCAUCAAUCAAGUCCUUGAAUCUAAUUAAGAAGAUAAUGAAAGGAUGUUGUAACGAUAAAGCUAAAGCCUGAUCAGUGAAUGUUAAACAGACGUGCUGCUGCUCAGUAAACGCUGGGGAAGGAGGACUCGACAGCCUCAGGAUGAAGACGACACAUGGCCGGUGCCCAGAGGCCUUUCAAACGUUGCCCUCGGCAGUAAGCAGGACAAAAUAUAGACCAUGUGAAUAAAAGAUGCUUUUGACCUAAUUUACACUGAGUCACUUCACGUGUUUAUUGCAGAUCUGUACAGCUCAGUGUAUUCAGGGUGGACUGAAAUCUGAUUGUUCAAACGACCUCUGGAGGAGGUGUUGAAAAGGUGUAAAUGUUUUUGUCAGUUACUAAACGGCUUCACGGUUGAGAUUAAUUCUGGACUCUUUGUUGUGAUAAAUCGCCGGUGGUUCAUGUUUGAAUUCAUCCACUGAUUCAGCAUCUUUGCUGUGUGUUUGUUUUUAGAUGAGCAAUAAGGCCGGACUAUAAGAUAAUUAUGUGUUCUUUCUAUUUAACGUCUGUCCAUCAGUGGGAUUCGCACUUAAAAAGUAGAGGAACUAUUUUGUUUGGGAAGAGCGGUUUCCCUCCAUGUGUAGCAUGUGUCAUUUUAAAUACUCUGCACUGUAAUGUCUUUGUCUGUCUGUCUGUGAAUUUAUAGUUUCUGCAGAACACAUAUUGUUCUCCACAGUUGAAAAUCUAUGGUUAAACCAACAGGGCAGCCAUGUUUGGUUUAGCUGAAACGUUUCUCUAACAGUCUGUACAGGUUAUUGUGCAGCUGAAAUGCUUUCUUCACUCCUGUAGAUCUGAUUGGCUGUUUGGCACCACACAGACAGGUGUCAUCAGUGAUCUAUGGCUGUGCUUCAUUUGGAGGCGUGCAGGUGUUGUUACAAAGUGAAAAGCGCAGGGAAAAGCCACUUCAAUGCAGAGCAGGCGGCAGGUUGAAUGGUUGAAUCUCUCUCAGCUAAAAAACCAGCAAACAGCCGCAGGUGGUGGAGAUGUUCUGGUACACUUUCAUUUGAUCUUUUCACAGAUUCUGCUGAGAAACAGAAGUACAGUACAGAAAAUGUUCCAUCUGGAUUCAUUUUAGCAAUGUGAAAUGUGUUUGUUAGUCUGCAUUGUUUACAAUGCUGUUGGUACACAUGAUAUUUUGUUUACUUGCUGCACAAGCCGUUAAUUCAAGUCGGCAUAGGCGGUGGCUCAGACCGACACUGUGCUGUUAAGCUUUUGGAGCGCACCUUUUGGCUCGGACGCCAUGCUGCCUCCCACAGAGGAGGGGGGAGCCCUGAGGGAUUCAGGAGGCCCAGGUCUGGACAGCAGGCCUGGAACAAUUUACUGAGUCAGAGCUGUUUUCAAACCAAGUCAGUAUAAAAACCUGUUGGUGUCGUCCCUCUUCGGAAGGAGUUUGGGUUUACUUUGCCACCUUCCUGUGAGUUAUGGAAGUAGUGAUAGUAUCAAAAAUGCACUAUGGCAGACAGCGAUGCACACCAGACUCUGACAGGUAAACGCUGAUUAUACAGCCUUUCUCACCUAUCGUGAACAGUCGUGCAGGGAGUCCGUACGGCAGCAUAUCAGGAUCAUCAUACAGUAUUUUGUCUGUGUGGAAUUUUCUUAAUUCCUGUACAAUAAUCUGUCGUCUUCUUCUCUCUUGUUUCGACACACUCAUUUCCAGAAAGCUCUUGAAACAAGGGAAGCAGCACUGGGGGGAAAAAAAAAAAAAAAGUGUGAUUCCUGUUUUGAGUACAAUAACUUUCACAGGCUGAAUUUGAGACUCAAUUACUUUUCUGCCACGCAGCAGAGUUAACAAUAGAUCUGCUAUCACCAAACAUGAUUCAUCCUGUAUCAGAGGGAGUUUUUGAUCUUCAAGUGUUGUCUCCAAAUUCCUACCACCACCAACAGUCUAAAAAUUACCUACAUGUUGCUUAGCAACAGCCACAAGGCCGAGUGAUGUCGCUGCCAAUGAAAAGUGAAACAGCCGAACUUGAGUCUGCGGCUGCUUCUGUUCUCUGUGUGAACUGACUGUUGUUGUAAAUACAUCUUUUCCUCCUCAGCUCAGCUGUGGGACCGUGUUUUAUCACCAUGUUUUGUGGUAAACUUGACUGUUGCUGUACGCUGCUGUAGCACAUUUUGUUUGCGCAGCUCCUCGUGGAAAAUGUUGUUCUGUGUCGAUAUUUGUACAUCUCAGAUUCGUGUCGUUGAUUUGUGUCGGUGUUUGAGUUGGACCUGAGCAGAAGCAGAAACCAGAUCUUUAGCAACGUUUGACUGAAAACAAACUAAGUAUAAUGUGCAGAAACAGUGCUUUCAAGUUUCAUUAUUCUCCGUCUCUGCAAUAGUUUUUCUAAUAGAUUUUUCUGCAAAACUCAAAUAGACUCAUAAACGAACAAAUGAAUCAUCUUGUUUUACACGCAGAGCCAUAUCUAACCGUAUAAAGCUAAAAUGAAAAUGAAAUAUUUCGUGACCCACUUAGGGAAGCAAAAACCUUUUUCAAGUUUCUGCACAUAUAAAACUAUCUGCUGCACAUGGAAACUAUCUGCUGCACAUAUAAAACUAUCUGCUGCACAUGGAAACCAUCUGCUGCACAUGGAAACCAUCUGCUGCACAUGGAAACCAUCUGCUGCACAUGGAAACCAUCUGCUGCACAUGGAAACCAUCUGCUGCACAUGGAAACCAUCUGCUGCACAUGAAAACUAUCUGCUGCACAUAUAAAACUAUCUGCUGCACAUGGAAACCAUCUGCUGCACAUGAAAACUAUCUGCUGCACAUGUAAAACUACUAUCUGCUGCACAUGUAAAACUACUAUCUGCUGCACAUGAAAACUAUCUGCUGCACAUGUAAAACUACUAUCUGCUGCACAUGUAAAACUAUCUGCUGCACAUGAAAACUAUCUGCUGCACAUGAAAACUAUCUGCUGCACAUGAAAACUAUCUGCUGCACAUGAAAACUAUCUGCUGCACAUGUAAAACUAUCUGCUGCACAUGAAAACUAUCUGCUGCACAUGAAAACUAUCUGCUGCACAUGUAAAACUAUCUGCUGCACAUGUAAAACUAUCUGCUGCACAUGAAAACUAUCUGCUGCACAUGAAAACUAUCUGCUGCACAUGUAAAACUAUCUGCUGCACAUGUAAAACUAUCUGCUGCACAUGUAAAACUAUCUGCUGCACAUCUAAAACUAUCUGCUGCACAUCUAAAACUAUCUGCUGCACAUGAAAACUAUCUGCUGCACACUAGAAACUUAUGGACAAAAAAGAUUUUGCUCAUGUCCCCUUAGGGGUUUCACAAAAUAUGGCUCAGCUAAGUCGUGUGUUGUCAUUUCUGUGCUGGUAGUUGCACACCACACACCUGUGCAUCAACGUAUUUUCUUGUAAGCUUGAGAAACCUUCUGGCGCCCAUGGGCACCUGUCUGAUGUGCACCAGAAGCCUGUAGAGAAGACAUCUUUGCUCAUGUUCUCCAAACAGUCUACUUAUCUACAAACUCCAGUUUCCAAAGAAAAUUUGGUGAAUUCUGGCAUUCAGUUGCAUUUUACAGCAUGGUGCGACAUUUAGGGACAUCGGGAAAACACACAACAGUUGUAUGACUCCAUGAAUGUAGAGUGGCAGGAGCAGGAACUACUGAUGUAGCUCCAUGAUGUAGCUUUGGUUUUCUCCCCUUUCCUUCCUUUCUUUCUCCCCCUUUCCCCAAACGUUUUUCCUUUCCUUUUGAACUUUUCUUUCGUUUCCCCUUUUAUUCCUCCAUCUUUCUUUCUUUCAGUUUUUGUUGCGCUAAAAUUAAAAACAUGUUGUUGUUGUUGUUUUUUUCUGAAAACAGCAACUUUGGCAAAUCAGAAACAAAAUAAAACAAAGAGAAACUUUUAUGAAUCAGAUUUCUUUCUGCUGUCAACGCUUGUUUUUUUUCUGUGUGACAUCGCUAAUGUCGACAGCAUAAACGAGGUUUCAGCUGUGUAAACUGAGUAACAGCCAUCUUGUUGUCCUGUUUCUGGAUUUCCCCUGAAUCAUCCGUACUCUCCAAAGAAAAUGUAGCUUCACUGUAGCAUUUUCGUGUAUUUUUAUGAGACUUAAUGAGCUGUUGCUGUCUUUCUGUCCGAGAUGAAAAAUGUUGGGUUUUCUAUCUAAAGCCAUAUGCUAAGCUGUGAACUGCAGUAGCAACUAAACGCUGUAUUUCGCUUCUUCUAUUCUUGCAGACGUGGUUUUGGUAUUUAAUGGGAUUUUAAUUGAUUUUCUGAUUUAUUUUUCCCUCCUGAGUUAAUCCACACUGUAAAAUUCAGUAACUGACGGCUGACAUGGAGGAAAAUGUAUCUGUUAGUUACUUUAAGUCUUUCGUUUACUGUAUUAAUAUCAUUACUAUUGUUAUUGUUAUAAUGAGUGAGCAGGAAGCUCCUUUUUUUCUUUUAUAUCACACCUUUGUACUCUGCACUGUGUUGUCUGCAGGUAUUUUGUCAUCUUUCAUCUCCAAACCUCAGCUGUGUACCAUGUGACCCAGGUAGCCGCUUCACCCGUGUUUUAACGAUAACAAUGAUAACUAUAGUGCCUGAUAGAGAUCUUUAAUAAAAACACAUUUUGUCUUCAAA